UAAGUAGCGUGUCAGCUGGGAAAAGAGACCGCGAACCAACGCCGAGCAGCGUGCUCCUUCCUUCCUUCCUGUCUAGGGUUUCUUCUUCGAUCUCUUUUUACCUUGUCCUUCCACAUCCCUCUCUCGUCGGGCUGCAGAUCUCCCUCUUUCGCCCUCCGAUGGCGUACGUCGACCACGCCUUCUCCAUCUCCGACGAGGACAUCAUGAUGGGCGACUCCAGCUACGCCAUCCGCAGCCGGCCCCCCAUCAAAGAGAUCGCCUUCGCCGUCGCCCUCCUCGUAUUCGGCUCCCUCGCCAUCGUCGUCGGCUCCAUCAUGGCCGCCAACCGCGUCGGCGGCGACCGCGCCCACGGGAUUUUCUUCGCGAUUUUGGGGUCCGUGCUUUUCCUGCCAGGGUUCUACUACACGAGGAUAGCUUAUUAUGCGUACAAGGGGUAUAAAGGCUUUUCCUUUGACAAUAUUCCUGCUGUCUGAGAACUAUGGAUGCAUUUCUUGGCUCGCCAUGGAUGAUCCCUUCUGUAUAGAAACUGGCAUAUAUAUGAGGUUCAAUCUUAUGGUAAUCUAGUAGAUAUAUUCUCAGUACUUGCUGAGAUUUAACUACUGUAAAUGAACAUCCAAGAUUAAAGAAUGUGCUUCACUGCAUUAAUGCCGAUCAUUUUACGUUUUCACAGUAUUUUAGCAGAGAUAACACUUUUUUAACGUAUUUGGGUUCAUUCUUAUUUCUCGCACAAAUUUGAACUGUUUGAGUUGUUUCAUCAUAGCCAAUUACUGAUCUAAUUCAUCAUUUUCUUUGCGUUUUUCUGAAUCACACUAACAAACACUGAAAUUUCUCAUGGGUCCUGGUUUUAACAUGUUUUUUUCCGGACUUAUUUCCACUUUUAGUUUUUUCACACCUUGGAUUUUUGUGUUUAAUCAGACCAGACCAUUUUGGUGGAUAUAUCAAUAAACUUCCACAUUAUUCUUAGGCAUAUAAUGUUCAUUCGAUGAAUCAAAACAACCUUGUAUGCCUACCAACAAAUGGUUUCUCAUUCUCAUUGUUGCCAAUCAAUAUGACUUAAAUGCUUCAGUUCCAAAAUUUUUUGUAUUGUCUGUCACCCACACAGCCUAUAUAAUGUUGCUUAAGAACAACAUAGUAGAAUUGAUCCAUGGUUCCAACUUCAGAGUACAUAUUCGAUUGUGUUUGUCCUUAUUUUCAUUUUUAUUUAUGUAUUUAUGAUUUUUUUUUCAACUUCAUGCUUCUUCUAUGUUAAACUGUGUUACUUUAAAGUGGUUCUAUGAUAUCAAGCUAAACAUAUUUUGAUGACUGUUGCAUUACUUCUACGUGGGUUUCAACAUCUAGCAAACUUGGACAGAGUUCAUACAAGUCACUUGUUAAAAGACAUCAGUCAUUAGGCUUUAUGAUUCUGUAUAAUUGUCAAUCAACCUCUUCAUCUCAACUUGUAUGCAAAAUUGCAAAUCAUUGUUGAUGGUUUUUUUUUUCU